AUGGGUGGCAAGAACGUAGCAGGCAACUCAAGUGCUGCUGGCGGUGGAGGAGGAGGAGGAGGAGGUGGCGGUAGUCUUAACUCGUCUAUCUGCAACUCGGUGCUAACAAAUGCAACCACAGCCAGUAACAGUCUUAGCCAACAGCAGCAGCAGCUUCAAGCCAAGUAUAUCAAAUCGAAACGACAUCAGAGUCGCUAUAGCAAUCUACAGCAUCCUGGUCACGAUUCCAGCAGCUAUCUACAUCUUAAUUCGCUUUGGUCCAUAUGGUAUGGAGUAUUGCUAACACUCUUUCAGGGCUAUUUGGCCAUGCAUGGCGCCUAUAGGUUCCUCGGCUGCUCACUAAUACCCUGGAAAAUUGAACCCGUUGCUGAACUAAAUCUACAGAUUGUACUGUCCGGCGUAGUGUUCAUACUAUUGCCCGUAUUCUUUACAUCGGCUGUGUUUAAGGUUGGCAACUUGGCAAACGAUGGCAUCAAAUUGGCAACUGGAGCCAAGGAGCGACGUUGCACUCUGGCACCACAUGACGGCCUUGAAGAGGAGGCACGCGGCGGAACAUUGCGAGCAUUGUGGACACAUGGAGGACCCACUGCAGCUUUUGUGCACAUCCUUAUAGCACUCUGUUUGCUCUUGCCGCGACUCUUGCUCGAGGCGCGCAUCAUUGAGAAUGGCCUGUUGCCGAAAGAGCAAGUAUGGGCCACAGAAUUGGACUUUGUUGUUAUCAAUAGACGCAAUUUGAUGGCCAUGUCGGUGGUGGGGCCAACACCACCCUAUCAAAAGCAGCAGCAGCAGGAACGACAACCGCAGCAUCCGCCAAACGUAACCGCAAACAGUUUGGAGCAUGAUGAGGAGGACUACAACUACAACGAUACGAUGUUCACAGCAAUUCGAGGCAACAGCAGCAGCAGCAGCAAAGGCAUCAAUAAUAAUUUGUUCCAGCUGACACGUGAUAAGGAUGGCACUAAUGGCAGAAAGGCGGCCAAGACGACGUUAACAACAACUAAGACAACAACAACAAAUGGUGCUAUGGGCAAGACACGAUACUUUGAAGUACCCGAUUUAAUUAAUCGAGAUAUUGAUGAGGAUGGGGAUGGGGAUGAGCAGGAGCUGGAGCUGGAGCAAGAGCGACAGGAACUGGAAGAGGCGGCCAUUGAUGACAUUGAUGAUGCCAAUGAUGAUGAUAAUGAUAAUGAUGAUGGCGAUAACGUUGAUGAUGAUGGUGUUGUUGCUAUUGGCAGAGAUGAGGGCACUAUUCUAAUGCCAGACUUUGAGAACAGCAAUGAUUUUGUGCCCAAAGCGACCGCAACAGCAACAGCAACAACAACAACAAUUUCUAAAUUGGGUGCUGAAAAUUGGCAGAAAUUGGGCACAUUGGACAAGGCAGCAAGCAAGACAACAACAACAAUGUCCACAAGCAGCAGCAGCAGCACAACAACCACAAGAGCAACAACAACAACAUCGAAGACUACAACAACACCAACAACCACAACAACAACGACAACGGCCAGUCCAAGCACAAGCACAACAACAAUUGGCAUCAAGCAGCAGACGCAGCAUCAUCAACAUCACAACAAGAGCACUCGCAAGCACCACAGCAAGCAUCACCACAAGCAGCGACAACAACAGCAGCAACAGCAACAACAAUCGCGUCGUCAUCAUGUUGCCUCACAUGAAGAUGCGCUGUUGGAAAACUAUAGCAAUCAGGAGGAGACCACAACCCGGGACAGUAGCAUACAUCGUGUACGCACCGAAGUGUUGCCCGACAUUAUAAUACCCUCGACGCCCGUUUCCAGCAAUUCCAAAAUCAUUGCCAUUAAGCCAAAGACACAGAAGCGUCGCAUUAGCAAGCGGUCUGCAUCUAAAUCCGGUGUAGAAAUCGAACCGGAGUAUUUGCUUAGUUCCAGUGAGUUCAUUGCCAAGUCGAGCGAUGAGCAGCAACAGCAGGAGAAUGAGGAUCUUGAUAUUGAUCUGGAGGAUGCCGAUUUCCAGGCUCUGCCGGCCGUCACUCCAGCAACGGGCUCUGCCAGCAGCAAUAGUCCGGAGAUUGUGCGACUCGAUGGAUUUGCCGGCAUGUUGCAGCUCUUUUUUGGCAUCGAUAAACCCAUUGAUGUGACCAUCUUUGCCCAGCCGCCAAGUGCUGAGUUUGUGAAUCUCUUGUGCGCCCUUCUUGUUUGGUCUGUUCGUUAUCCGGCCGUGUUUUGGAACACUUCCAAGUCCUUUGCCUGCGUCUUUAGUCUGCAGAUGAUCGUUGCCGCUCUGGACAUUGUCCUGGGCUAUGUCGGCGUCUCCAAUCUGUACAAGCUGCAAAUCUAUGCUGAGCUUAUGCCCGUUCAUCAGCCGGGACUCAUACUGAAUGCCACAGUGACAUUGGCGCUCUACUUGCUGGCCACAGCAUUGAUAUUGGCCUCCUCGAUGGUCAUGUAUUUGUAUGGACACGGCAGACUGGCCACACGAAUGAGAGAUCGGACCAUCAUUACAUUGAAGUCUAGCCAAACUUGGGUCUACUUUGCCCAUUGCGCAUCCUUGUGCUUUGUCCUGGCUCUGGCGGUGGUCAAGGCGCCGCUGUUAAACGAUCUUAGUGCCACAUAUAAGAACAAUUUGCAUUGUCCCACAUUUUUGGCAGCUCUUGUUGGCGUCACGCAUCUGUUGCUGUGGAUUGUCGUCUGGCUGUGUUUGAGCAUCAAGCGGCGUUGGCACUUCAAGUUGCCACCACUGGACCAUACCUAUGGUGGGCUGUUGAACAAGGCCAGCGCCCAGCCGCUGCUCAUGUCCAGCGGCCAGCGUACGGGCAGCAAUUCGAGUAGCGGUGGCAACUCUACCAGCACCACGGUCAAUGGCACUGACAACUCUAAGCCGGAUAUGAUGAGCACCGCCACCAGCACCGAAUUGGGUGGCAUGAGCAUGGUGGCACAGGAGGACAUCUAUUGGCCAAAGCUGACGCCCAGUUCGCCCAAGCUGAAGGUCACCUUCAACGAAGUUACGAGUACGUCUGAUGAUGUCCUACUAAUUGGUGACCAAGAACAAACUGAUGGCAAGCGCGAAUAUGAUGAGUUGCCACCACCACCGAACCACCAUCAUCAACAACAACAACACGCACAUGGCAUUCCCCACGACUAUGCUAAUUUGAGUGGCUUGGGUGGCAUCAGUGAUGAUAAUAUCUCCGAGGAGGGUAAAUUAUUGGCCUGUGUACGCGAUGAUAGCAUCACGUAUGCAUCCACACGCGAUCUGGAGCCACCAAAGCAGGCAACACCGCCACCACCACCACCCCCACUGCCAGUGAAAGGUGCGCCCAUGCCACAGCCGCCGCCCCUGGUACCACAACCACAUGCCAGCUACGGACGCGCUCCCCAGGCCAUGCCCGAGAUCAUGCAAAUUUCACCUGAACAUCACAAGUCGCCACAACAACAACAACAACAACAACAGCAGCAGCAGCAACAGCCACCGCAUCAUCAACAGGCAUUACAACAUCCACUACAGCAGCAUCCAUAUCCACAUCCACAUCCGCUCCAGCAGCCGCAUCAUCAUCUAGUCAGCCCAUUGGCUCCUGUCACGGUCGCCGUGCAUACUAACGAGGCUCAUAUCGCCUCCAGCUCCACACCCCGCUGUCUACGUCGUGCCGACUCUGGCGUACCAAAUGAGGCACUCACGCCACGGAGUGACACCAAUUCGAUCACGGAGAGCACAAAUACCACAUCGCCACCGGAGCGUGCCCCAUCUGAAUCGUCGAGUGGCGUGCAUUCCGGGGAGGAGCGUGAACUGGAAGUCGUUAUCCGACCACGCGUCAGCUGCAAAGCUCCGACGCGUCCCCCACAGCCGCCCAUACAGGAGGAGCCCUACGGUCGCUGUACCAACAUGCGCAUGUCCAGCUUUAAUGCGGACCCCGCGGUCAAUGCCAAUGCCAAUGCCAAUGUCAUUAAUAGCGCCACGUUGCCCAUGCAACGGAGUGCACCGGAGCAAAAGUUCGACUAUACGGCCCACUGUAGCACCAUGCCACUGCCGGUGGGUUGCCACAGCCAGCAGCUCGCCAGCAGCAAUAAUGGCGGCUAUGCCUCCACCUCGGCCAUGACCAGCUCAAUGGGUCCACCGCCGCCGCCAUCGCAGGUGUCCAGCUUCAAGACGCCCAGCAUGCACUAUGCCAAUGCUGCAGUGGCACUAGGAUCGAGUGCACCACCACAUGCACCACACACCACACUGCCCAACGGUGUGCGCUACUCCAAUCCGCACUUUCUGCGCCGCCUGCCGCAUGUGAGUAAGGCGGCCGAGUCACCAUAUGGACAUCUCGGCUAUGGGGCUGCACAUCAUGCCUUUAGCAAGCUGCCACACGAUACGCAUCCGACCAUACCCGAAGAUCGGGAUUCAGCCAACUAUUCCAUGGCGUCGGAUCAAGACUGUGCGCUGUAUGUGACGGCACAGCUGCACUAAACUACCACUCCCAGCAUGUUCAUCUCCAUAUAUCAUUUAGUCACAUAUUACAUAGAGUUAGUGCGAAACGAUUAAACAGAUAAUAUUAUAGAAUAUCGUAGUGUCGCAUAAAUGUCAGCAUAGUUAUUAUCUAUAUCGUUAAUCCUAAGUGUAUAGAUGCCUCAAAUCUUAAAUCUUCCAUAUUCUCAGCACAUUUCAAUUGGAAUCACCUGCGAUCACUAAGCAGAAAAUGUUCUAUUAUUUGGUUCCAAUGCUUUGUAUCAAUAACUAAAACUUGGCAAAUUUCCCAACUAUUUUUAAUGAAACUAUAAUGAAACCAAACUUUAGAAAUACUUUCGCUUUCAUGUAAUCAAUGCUGACUCCUAAACAAAUUCCCCAAGCCCAAGUUAAUAGUAUGAUUGACCGAUCUAAUGAACUAGUAUAUAUACAUCUAAGAAUGUAGCACAUGUCCCACGCAUAACUUUAAGAUAUUAAGGCGAAAUAUAAGUAAUAUAACAUACCAUAUAUAACUGUGUAAGAUAUUAAAGGAUAUUGGUUACCAAAAUACUUGUGUGCAUAUUCAUAAUAUCAUUUAUAUGAUAAUACUUUACAUAUAAAAAUACUAAAACUAUGCGUAAUAUAUAAAUCUUAGCCAAGAGCACGCAUAAUUCUAUAUACUAGUAUUUACUUACAUAUUAUCGAGUAAUCACAGACAAUUUUUUCAACCCGUAAAAUUCUAAUUCCAAAAAAAAAAGAAAGAAAAAAUAUUAAUAAAAUGCGUACGAAUUUAAGCAGCAAUUAUAUGGUUUUUUAUAGUAAUGUAAAGUGAAAAUGAAUUGCGAUUGAGAAAUUUGAAUGGCAACUAACUAUCCCCAAUAUGAUAUAUAUAUUUACUCUACUUAUACAUAUAUAGAAAGCAUUAGCAACGCUUCAGCUAGUCGUCAUAGAGUUACGAUUAAAUAACUAAGCUUCAGCACAUGUAUUUUUAUGAUCUGGUCUCUAAAACGUUUAAGAUAAAUGUAAUAUGUAAUGUAACAAAGCGACAAUAUGAAAAUAUCUAAUGUAUGAUAAAUAACAAACUAACUGAACAUUGUAUGAAAUUAGCUAAUACUUAUGUAUACAUAUAUCAUCUGGAACACAUAUACUUACAGACAACUCACGGACUCUACAAAGCACCUCCCAUACAUAUCUCCCCAAUGAAAGAUAAGAAGAUUCCAAUAAAGACUUUCAACUCGCUUUUAGAACAAAUCGUAAACACGCUAUUUAACGUUUAAAUGGAUUAAAAAAAAAAAACUAAAUCUUGAAUAUAAUUCCUAUACGGCACUCGCACAGUCAACACAUUUAUUGAGAAUUUUCAAGCAUGUUUUUAAUUUUUGUUAUGAAGACUGAUUAGUAUUAUAAUACCAGAAGCAGAUCCAGCACCACAGCACAAUCAUCCCAUUCAAUACGCACUUAAUUUUAUAAUUUCUAUGCAUUACUCGUAUAUGAUUCUAGAUGAACUUAGGCCAUAUACACAUACUUACAUAAUUUUAUAGCAUUUAACAUUGGUUCCUUUAAGAAACGCACUAAAGCUUAACCAUAAGCAUUAGAAAGAUACUUAAGUAACACUUUUGUAACAUAAUUUCGAUUUAGUUUAGAAUUAACGAUGUAUAUCUGACAUGAAUACUAAGUAUGCCCCAAGAUAUGACAUUAUAUAUGUAUUGUACUUGUCUAACCAAAAUCUAUUAUAAGUCUAACUAACCAAGCGAGUAUAAUGUAAAUUAUAACAAGAGGAGUGUCGUCAAUGAUCCCGAUAUGAUACGAUACAAGCAUCUAUAAGUCUAUAUAUAAUAUUAAUACGAGUAUAUUUAUUACAUCACAUUAUUAAGCAAAUGUCAAAUCCUUAAUGUUUGAAUUAUUUACACAUACCAUAUAUGAUUAAUGGUUUAUCAAUGGUAAAUAAAGAAAUACCACCGCUUUAUGUGAAACCCCAAA